GGAUUGAGCAGCCUCAGUAAGACACGAUCUCCAUUAGAGCUGAAGAUGGACAUAUUGCACUGAAUCCCUUUGUGGCAAGAAGAAAAGCUACAGCAGGAAAUCGUGGUUCACGUGGUUCACGUCUCCACUCAACAGCACGAUGUCUGGAGAGGGCAAAGAUGAUGCUGCAGGCAAUGUGUGCCCAAUAGACUCUGAGUUUCGCUACAGCCUCUUCACUGUUUUCUACAGCAUCAUUUUCAUUCUGGGCUUUGUCGCCAACUGCUACGUGCUCUGGAUUUUCAGCCGUAUUUACUCCACCAAGAAGCUCAAUGAAAUCAAGAUAUUUAUGCUGAACCUGACAGUAGCUGACCUGCUCUUCCUGGUUACAAUGCCACUGUGGAUUGUUUACUAUCACCACCACGGGGACUGGAUCAUGCCCAAGAUCCUCUGUAAUGUGGCUGGCUGUUUCUUUUUCGUGAACACCUACGCUUCUGUUGCCUUCCUGAUGGUCAUUACAUACAACCGUUACCAAGCUGUGACGAAUCCCAUUAGAGCAGCUCAGUUUACCACCCAAAGAAGGGGUAUCUUUCUCUCAGCAGCCAUCUGGAUCAUAACAGUGGGCAGUGCUUUGUAUUAUCUUUUUGAUGAUAAUACGAAUGUGGAGAAAAUUGGCUCAAAUAAUUAUACACGUUGCUUUGAGCGCUAUGACUCUACUGGCAAUGUUACACCAGUUCUUGCCAUUCAUGUCAUCAUCUGCACCCUUUUCUACAUCAUUUUCCUAUUUAUCCUAGCUUGGAACAUCAUCAUUAUCAGGACCCUGUUCUCCAAAUCAGGGCAGCAGCGGAAGAACGCUCACGUAAAGCAAAGGGCGCUCUGGAUGGUCUGCACUGUGCUGGUUGUGUUCAUCAUCAGCUUUGUGCCUCAUCACGUUGUGGACCUGCCCUGGACACUGACUGUUCUGGAGCAAUGGAAGAAGGAAAACUGUCGCUUGCGCCAGCAGCUCAACGAUGCUCACCAGGUGACUUUGUGCCUCCUGAGUAUGAACUGCGUGUUGGACCCAGUCAUCUACUGCUUCCUCACCAAGAAGUUCCAAAAGCAUGUAUCACAAAAUCUGAAAAGCAUGAAAGGGAGCCGCAAGUGCUCCAGGCAAACCACAGAUACGGUGAUUGAGGGCACCAUUCACCAGGAGGACGCCAUUGGGUUCUAGGUCAGUUGGUUUUGAUUGCAGAGGCUGAGGUGCUGAAUGAGUCCCUCAUCUUUUCUCAAACGAAGGCACAGAGGGACACGACAGGGCCAGAAUAUUACUUUCCAUUUUUCCUGUAAGACAGAAGAAUGAACACCCGUUUGUGACAGGACAAGAGGCAAUGUGCAUAAACUGGAACACAGGAUGUCGCCCUGAACAUCAGGGAGAACUUUUUAAUGUGAGGCUGACGGAGCACUGGCACAGGUUGCCCAGGGAAUCUCCUCCUUGGAGAUCUUCAUAAGCCACAUGGAUGUGGUGCUGGGCAAGAGGUGUCCCUUCUGAAGCAGGGGUUGGACCAGAUGGACUCAGAUGUCUCUUCCAACCUCUGUCAUUCUAUGAUUUCUUCUAUCACUCUCAACUGGCAGCACUGAAACUUGUAAAAAUCUGUGAGAAAACCACUUUCUGUCUGUGUUGUGGGCACUGAGAGCAGCUCAGGCAAUCUGCUUUUACUGAGAGAAAUGCAGCGAGUGUCCGCAAUGAGCAAAGUACACUGAAAUUAUACGUCAGCCCUGGUAGUACCAUGCCUGGUCCUUUGCCUGCUCAGCUUCCAGGAAAAGUCCAGUAUCAGAGCUGUAAGACUUCUAAACAGCCUGGUGGAACGUGCUGAGCUGCUACCAUAAUCAAGUAACAUUUCUGAGCAGUUGUUCUGAACUGUCUUUGCUCACAGCUUUUGUAUCAGACAAGUCACUGGACAAAGACAACACAAGGAAGAGAAAUUGGCAGUGCCUCAGCCCCCAUCCCAAAUCAGCUCCCCAGAGGGGGCUGCUGCCUGCCCCCUGGUUUCUUGUAUGAUUGCAGAACUGGAAAGUAAGUGGCCUCUUGCACUCAGAUUUUGGCUGGCUGGUAUUUUUGUGCCUGUGGAGAUCCCACCUCAUUUUGGACGCUCUGGGUAACAGAAGACUGCUGUCAGCAGGGGCAUUAUUAGGAGAAGACAAAAAAAACUUUAAAUGCUUCUCUAUCUUUGUUCUUAUUUAUUUAAAUGAGGAUUGUAAAAAGCAACUGUGCGCUGUCCUUCCUCUAGCCUUUUUAUUUCUGCUAUGAAGAAAAGAAGCUGACUCGCUCUUGAUAACCUACCACAAAUGAAGUAUUAGGUUUCUGAGUAAAUCAGUGAUGCAUAGUGAUGCAGCGCACUUUGCAGAGAUGUAACUAAUGCAAUUGUGAAAGACUUGAGGCUCCUCACUCAGGGCUGGCAGCAGCCAGUAGGGCCCUAGGGUAGUUUUCCAGGGGUGCCCAUUUCUGUUACAAGUCAUGAGACAGUUGAGGUUUCUUUUUCUGACUGUAAUUACUCAAUCCAGCACAGGAAAUUGGGCAGGGCAAGGAAGGGAAGCUACUUGUUUUUAACAAUCAUUUUUUGGUUCCUCAAACUACAUGGGAGAGUCUGGGUGGUAAUACGAGAAAAGUCUAUCUGACAUGGCAAUAUUAUUGAUUUAUACGUGUUGUCAGCAGCCUUCGUAUGCCCACCAGUUAUGAGGAGAAAGUGAAAGAUGAGCUUUCCAAACAUAGGACCAACAGACCUAUCAGACCUGUCUAUGUUUCAGUGAAGAUGGGUGUCCUUCAGCUGUAUCUCCUGCAGCUCCUCGAGCAGCUUUUGUACUUAUGUGUGUAAAUGAGCAAAGGAACUAAAAUGCUUUUUUCUUUUUAAUGCCACGCCUGAUGGUGAGCUGUGCACUCCUGUACCAGGCAGUGGGCAGAAUGUGAUCAUAAGCCAAAUGCAUUCCCUCUUGGUUCUGUACUCUGCUCCAGUAUGGUCACUCACAAAGAAUACCUGCUGGCAUCAUUUCGCAGAGACUUUUCCCUGCUCCCUCGGCCAUGUUCAAAGCUUUGCUCCAUAUCCGCAGUCACACAGUGCAUAGCAAGGAUCACAAUAUUUCAUCUAAAAGCCUAAAUCCUGGGAGCUGGAGGAAUGUGCUUCUGUAUUUUGCCCUCGAGAGAUGGCACAUUCUGGUUGGAAAAACUUUUCUCCUUACCACCCACCUGACAAUAGAUCUCAUUUGCUUCACAGCUGCUAAAGCACUGGACAGAUCGAGUUUGGCAACUCUUGGAGGAAAUGGAAAGGGAUUGUUUUGUGUAGAAAUGUGUAAGUUUAUGGUCUUCUAUAGACUGCUGGGAAACUUGCAGUAGAGUGUACAGUUUGGGUUACUUACUGUUUGCAAAUACACACAGAAGGCAAAUACUCCACAGAAACCAGCUGUAAGGCAAGUGGGGGAUCAACAGAACAACUGUAAACUUGCUUCUAAGGGAAAGGUUAAACAGUGAAAGAAUUCUGAGGACUCUUCACGAGAUUAUGUUGCAAUAACUAAGUCAGCAAAAAGGCAUUUUAAAAGAAGUUUGACCUUCUACUUCUGUUCCUGGAAUUACUUGUUCUACAGCAGUGUUUAGGACACAGUUUUGAUUUGCAAUGAAAGGAAUCCUCAAAUGUUCUUCUAAAUAAAGCGUGCUUCCCGAA